AUGCGACACAUGAACGCAGUAUGCUUCCUGAGGCCGACAAAUAAGAACUUUCUGAAGCUCUCUCAAGAGCUGAAGAAUCCAAAGUACAAUGAGUACCAUCUCUUUUUCACCAACGUGGUACCGCAUGUGCGGCUGGACCCUUUGGCCUCCUGCGACGAGUAUGAGCUUGUUAAACAGGUCCAAGAGUUCUUCGCAGAUGUAUAUGCGGUAAAUCACGAUCUUUUCUCUUUGAAUUUGCCCUCGACUGUCCGCCUGACGGAGGAUCACCAUUGCUGGAGCCCCUAUGAGGAAAGUGUUUUCGAACGCAUUAUUGAGGGGCUGCUAGCUACGUGUUUGACCCUGCGGAUGUUGCCGGCGAUCCGGUAUACGGGCGCGUGCGAGCUGACCAGACAGCUGGCACAUCGCCUAGAGUCACGGAUCCACGAAGAGCAGAGCCUUUUCGAGGGUAUUGUCAAGUCCCAGAAAGGCGAGGCCACUCCUGUUUUGCUACUCUUCGACCGCAGGAAUGAUCCAGUCACUCCCUUGCUGCAGCAGUGGACCUACCAGGCUAUGGUUCACGAGCUAUUGGGAAUGACCAACAACAUGGUUGACCUUAAAAAGGUCUCCAAAGACAUCAAUCGGGAGCUGGAGACAAUCGUGAUGUCUCCUUUGCAGGAUCAGUUCUUCAACGACAACCUCUACUCCAACUUUGGUGAUCUUGGACAAAACAUUCGCAAGUACGUUGAGAAGUACCAGAACGACACAAAGAACACCGCGCGAAUCGAGUCUAUCGAGGAGAUGCAGCGCUUUGUCGACGAGUACCCGGAGUUCAGAAGGCUGUCAGGAAAUGUCUCGAAGCAUGUCAACGUGGUCAGUGAGCUGUGGUGA